CAGCCAAAGAGGGACUAUUACGAAUAUUUGAAUGAACAAACAAGGGUCGACGAGGGGUUAAAUUAUAUGGAUGUGCGCUCGGGUCUUCCUAGAGAGGUAUGGGCGCAAAUUCGGGGAGAUUGUGCAUUCUACAAUACACUUAACUGGACACAGCCUAUUGGGACAAUAGAGGUCAGGGUUUGCAAGAUACCAUGUGAUAUGCCUAUCAAGUUGAAGUUUACAUUCCCGGAAGGUAUUCAGAUGCAGCUGCGCCAUCCAUCCCCGGGAAAGCCGUAUGAAAGCGCCAAGUUCACAGUACAUUUGAAGACAGACCGUGAGAGUCUGCUAGUGUGUAGGAUGUUGAAAGCAGCGUUCGAAAGAGGGCAGAUGUUUGUCAUUGGGCAGGAUGGGAAAGUUGGGCUGGAUGGCAUCUCAUUGCGUCAUGAUACCUGCCAGAUGCUGCUACCUUAUAUGUCAUACGAGGAGAACAUACAGCAGGUUAAAGCGGAGCUGGAAGCAAAAGGCAUCACAGGGGCAAUCAUAGAUCUGACCGAGGAGCUGGAAGAGGAAUUUACUUACUAUGGUGUAUAACUUUCAUCGGUGACCGUCUUAAAUACUUAAUAAUUCAUACGAAAGUACUACAAUGAACAAUAGCGUUACUAGAGCUUAAGCCAUGUUUUUAAAAAAGCACAGAGUGCUACAGAAAAAGGAUAUGGUGCAAAGAGUUAAUAAGCACACAUUGAAUCGGGCUUUGAGGAAUUUAAAUACUGUGAACUUGA